AUUUUUCUUUUUCCCGUGUCACCUCGUUGAGCGAGCACGCGUUUUUCUACGUCGCCCCGUCGGUGGUGUUCCGAGUGAUAGAUUUCCCGUAGCUCCCAGACAGUGAAAACAACCGCUAAACAUGGGUCGUAUGCACGCUCCCGGAAAGGGUAUUUCCCAAUCGGCGCUUCCGUACCGCCGCUCGGUGCCUUCGUGGCUCAAGCUAAACGCUGACGAUGUUAAGGAGCAGAUCAAGAAGCUCGGCAAAAAGGGCAUGACCCCGUCCCAGAUCGGUAUCAUCCUGCGGGAUUCGCACGGUGUUGCCCAGGUCCGGUUCGUCAAUGGCAACAAGGUUCUCCGUAUCAUGAAAGCCGUUGGACUGAAACCUGACAUCCCGGAGGAUCUGUACUUUUUGAUUAAGAAGGCCGUCUCGAUCCGUAAGCAUUUGGAGCGUAACCGUAAGGACAUCGACAGCAAGUUCCGGCUGAUUCUGAUCGAGUCCCGUAUCCACCGGUUGGCCCGCUACUACAAGAUUAAGGCCGUACUGCCACCGAACUGGAAGUACGAAUCGAGCACCGCAUCGGCUCUGGUCGCCUAAGCAAGAGAAAGGAUUUACUUUUGUUUUGCUUUGUGUCGCUUAGAAGAUGUAAGAAAACAUUCGUUCCGUUUUGUCGGGAACCGUAAUUCGGCUUAUGUUGAAAGAAAAUAAAGUAAAGUAAGGAGGGUAA